CAACCAUUUCUUUAAAAAUCUUUACAUUUCUUUAUUUCGAUCUUUAAAGACGUUCAUAAUCGAAAUCGAUAGCGAUCGUCAUCGUUUCUUGAAGAUUGCUAAAUAAAUUUGAAGUGUAAUCGUGAACAUUAUAUAAAGAUAUAUAUCAAACUAUCGAUAUCGGUCUUUGUCGAUGUGUAGAUACCGACGGAUAACGAUUUCUAUUGAUACUUCGAUACUGUCGUCUGUCAUUGGCAAUUUACGAUCAUCAAGUUUGUUGUUGUUUGCAUUAAAAAAAUGAAAAAAAAAAAUCAAGUUGGAGGUUCACCAGCUCACGGGAGGUUACUUUUUUUUGUAUAGUCUUGCUUAUGCUAGUAUCGAACCCGGGUUAUUUGAAGCUUAUAAGCUGCGACGUCCUUGUUGGUGGUACUGGUUCCUCUGGUCUACGGCUGCGGUUGAGAAGUUUGCUGGUAAAAGGUAAACAUAUUCUACAUAUUGACGGUACUCAACAUAUUAAAGCGAAAUUUACAACAUAUCCCCCAACUUGUUUUCAGGUCUUUGUGUUUCCUCUUCUGUACAAGAUGCCGCGAAUCCUACCACGAGUUCUGAAGAAAGGAGCUAGGGCAAGACCGAGAGCACGUCGCCGGAAAAUCCAAGAACCACAGUUAUCUACAGCCGAUUCGUCGAAGCAGCCUACCUAUCCAGACAAUUUUCAGAUAAAUAAUCAUGACUCCGAUUCGUCCACAACUAGCUCCACUUCCGACGAUGAUUUUAUGGAAGUAGAGUAUUUGGACGAAGUUCUCGAGGAGAUAGCAUGCGACAUUCCCGAAAAGCUGACCGAAAAUGGAGAUACGAACAACGAAUAUGCCGAAAAAAAAUCAGAAUCAGCCAAUGCGCGAUUGAAAUCCGACCUAGCUGGCUGGGUUUCCAAAUACAGUGUCCCUUUAGCUGGAGUAUCUGAUUUGUUGAAGAUUCUAAAGCAGCAUACAGGAUUGGAUUUGCCAAGUGAUGCCCGCAGUCUACUUAAAACGCCAAGAGAAAUCAAUAUUCGACAAAUGUGUAAUGGAGAAUAUGUCCAUAUCGGAAUAGUAGAUUUUUUGAACAAGUUCGAUUUGAGCGAGUGUAUUAUUGAGGGUCAUCCAAUUAAUCUGUCAUUCUCGGUAGACGGCACGCCAGUUUCAAAAAGUGGAGCAAAUGAUUUAUGGAUAAUAUCAGGAGCUAUUCAUAUCGAAGGUUUCUUGCGGCAUAUAUUCAUCGUUGGAAUUUUCAAUGGGCCAUCUAAACCAACAUCUUUCAAUACAUUUCUUAGUGAGUUUGUGAAUGAAUUGCACGCAUUGCUCACCAAUGGUUUCUCCAAAGAUGGUACCGUCUACCCCCGUUGCAGAUGA